GCCCCGGGUCCCGCCCCCGCGCGCGCCCCGCGUUCCUCGAGAGUCGGCGGGCGCGGCCGGGCGCCAGUAAGUUAGGAGCCGUCGCUCGGGCGUCGGCCGGAGAUCCCCGCCCGAAGCCGGCCGAGGAUGUGUCCGGGUGCCCGUGGGGCAGCGGAGACCGCCCAGGAGCGCCGCUGGCCGCCGUGUCUGCCCCGUGGACCUCUGGGAAUUCUGCUGAGUUCGUAGGCCGCACGUUCCCGGAGCAGUGCCUGCAGCUGGGUCAGGUGUCGCGCGCUCCUGGUGAUUCCGGCUGCGCCGUGUGGCCACGUCCGGCCGGGGCCCCCAGGCCAGGAGCCCGUGGGUCGGUGGAGAGCGGACUGAAGUCGCCCUAACCCUGGAUUGUGAAGCCGCAGACCCCGUGGCCCCGCCGGGAGCUAGCCGCCCUGGUGCAGAGAGGAGGGGGCUGCGUGUCGCGGGCUGGGUGGCUCCGCUGUGCUAGCCGAGGCCCCGUGGCCACGCGUCCGCCCGCGUGCCGGCCCCCCUCUGCAGCAUGUGCCGCCCCCGCGCCCCCCGCUAGCAUGUUCCUCAUGAACGCACCCCCGGUGGCGGCGCUGCGCUCCAAAUGGGAGGCCUUUAGGUUUCCCAGGUGCUUCUCGGAGCCGGAAGCCGCCGUCGCGAGGGCCUCCGUGAGUGCCAGGGUGCACAUGGUGAUCAGCUCGCUGCAGCGCGGCGUGAGCCAUGAGCCGGCCGCACCCCGGAGCCACAGAGCCGAGCGGGGCCCCCUGGUCAGGCCGCCCGCGCGCCACGGGCAGCAGCCCCUGCUCGCCGCCUGUGGCCUGGAGCCGGCAGCGCCGGAUUCCGACAGCGAUGACUCCGUGGACCGGGACAUCGAGGAGGCCAUCCAGGAGUACCUGAGGGCCAGGGGUGGCGCCGCACAGCAUGCCGGGGCUGGGAGGUGCAAACCAGAACCCGCUCCCGUCGCUGCCCCGGCCGCCCCCUGCCCAGACCCUGGCGGCGAGGACCGGGGCUCGGCGUCCCCGGCCAGCGUAAGCAGUGACGACUCCUUCGAACAGAGCAUCCGGGCGGAAAUCGAGCAGUUCUUGCGCCAGAAGAGACAGCAGGAGACACACAGAGGCGAGGGGCCCGCGGACAGGAGCCCAGACCCCGGCGAGAGCCCGGCCAGGUCCACCAGCAGACCCUGCAGAGAGCUGGCCGGGAGGGCGGCGCCCCCGGCCCGGCUGGACCCUGCGGGAGCCUCCAGGGAAUUCAUCUUCCGCAAGGCUCCGCGGUGGGCCAAGGCGAACGGGCAGCCCCGGGGCCUGCGGGCCGAGGCAGCACAGCAGAGAGGCGGCGCCGGGCGGAGGCCGCCGCGCGCCCAGGCCACGGCCCCAGCCCGGGAGGCGUCCGACUCCAGCAGCGACGACGGCAUCGAGGAGGCCAUCCAGCUGUACCAGCUCGAGAAGACCAGGAGGGAGGCCGGCGGGGGCCCACCCACCGACGGCGGGAGCAGCGCCGCCAGGCCCGGCUUGCCCGAAGCCCACCGGAGAACGCCCAGCAAGAAGAAGCAGGGCUCCAUGAAGGCUGCGGACCCCGGCCCCCCGACCAAGCUCCCGAGGGCCGGCAAAGCUGCCGUGCCCCCCGGCGACUCGGCGGGCCGGCCCUGCUGCCGUGCCGACGCGUCUGCCGAGCUCCUGUGUGCCGAAGCCAUCCUGGACAUUUCCAAGGCGAUCCUGCCCGUCCCCGGGGAGGGGAGUGGCACCCGGCCGCCCGCCAGCCUGCUCCUCCGCCCCCCCGACGUGCCUUCCCACGCCGACGGCGGCGACGGCAGCUCCGUGGACAGCGACGACAGCAUAGAGCAGGAGAUCCGGGCGUUCCUGGCCCUCAAGGCCCAGGCUGGGAGUUUGCUCGCCAGAGCCGAGGGUGGCCCACAGCCCACCCAGGGCCCGCACAGCCAGCCCGGGGACCCCAAGACCCCUCUCCCCAGGCCCCCGGAGCUGCCGCUGAGCUGCAGGAGGAAGCGCAGAGGCUGCGGCAGCUCCCUGAGGCCUUCGGCGCCCAAGAAAACCAGGGAGCCGAGGGACGGCGGCCAGGGUGCCAGCCUCGGCCCGGGCAGAGCGCAGCCCGGGCAGGACCUGCCUGGCCUGGGGCUGGCCGGCGGCGAGCUCCCGAGAGAGCAAGAGGCCUCGGGCCAGCCUGCAGCCUGCAGGGCCGCUCGGCUCAGUGACACACAGGCGUCCCCUGGUCCCGGGAGGGCGGAGGAGGCCCGGAGCGCCAAAGAGAAGGAGAGCUCCCAGGACAAGAGCAGCUCGCUGGACAGCGACGAGGACCUGGACACGGCCAUCAAGGACUUGCUGCGGUCCAAGCGGAAGCUCAGGAGGAGAGGCAGGGACCCCCGGGCCACGGGCAGGAAGAAGGUCCGGUUCAGCACCCCCGAGACGCGGCUCUCGGACAGGCUGGGCGGCCUCCCGAGGGGCUGUGGGGAGCAGAGCCCGCAGGUGCUCAAGAGCUGCCUCUCCCCGUGCCGCCGGAAGCCCCCGAGCACCUGCACCAGGCCCGAGGCCGCCUUGGCAGGCGAGAGCGCCGCCCCCGUGUCCCGGCCGAGGGGCCGGGCUUCCUCCAGGGGGAGCCCCAGCUCCGGCGAGGCGGCAGCCCGGGACCAGCCGCGUCCAGCCGUGUCAGAGGACACCAGCUCGGUGGACAGCGACGACAGCAUCGAACUGGAGAUCAGGAAGUUCCUGGCGGAGAAGGCCAGGGAGUCCGCGACGAGCGUUUGUGAGACACCGGCCCCGGCUGGGGGCCCCCUCGCUCUAGGGACAGGCACGCCGGCCCUGCAGCCCGGCGUGUGCACGCGCAGCCAGAGGGCCAGGGGCACGCCCGGCUCAGCAAGCCUCUUUGCCCAGGGCGGGAAGGGCGCCCCCUUGGCCGAGCUGGGCCCUGGCCUCACUGCUGCUCUGGCUGGCUGUGAGCCGGCGGCCCCCAGGAGUGCCAGCGGGGUGCUCUCUGCCAAGGGGUCUCCUGGGAGCAGGAGCGGCAUUUACGUCCACAAAGACCAGAGCCCGCGAGGGGCAGAGCCCGCGGCCUCCGACAGCGCUCCCGGUCAGCUGCCAAAAGCAGGCAGCGAGGCCAGAGGCGCCGGGGGGACCUUCCACGUGAGCUACGGGAGCCGCAGCCUGCUGACCCCCAGCCCAGGGCCCCAGGCCGACCUCCCGCUGCCCUGGAGCGACUUUGCCCACCCGGCUAGGCUGCCCAGCCCAUGGGCACUGAGCUCAGAGGGCAAGGGCUCGGCGUGGACCGUGGGCCUCGGGGGUGAGAAGGAGAAGGGGGCCGAGGGGCUGGCCCGGGGCCCCCUGGGCCUCACGCUGGAUCCCAGGAAGGGCCCGCCCUUCUCCGGCUUCUCUCCCCUGCUGUCCACCCAGUUGUUCCACUUUGGGAGGGGCGUGUCCUGGGGGAGCAAGCACCCCGGCCUCUCCAGUGCCCACCUGGGGCUACCGCUGCAGAGCCCCCACUUCUCUGCCUUCCGGGAACCCCCGGCCAGCCACGGCCCCGUGUUCGGGGGCUCACACCUGCUGGGGAAGGAAGCCGGGCCCUGGCCCGGAAGGAAGGCGCAGGCCGGGCUCAGCUCCCAGGACAGGAGGGGCUCGGGCUCGGGCUCGGGGGGGCCCUGUGCAGACCUGCGGUAUCGGCCCGGGUCUGGCAACACCGACCCCCAGGACCCGGAGGCCUUGGGCAGCGAUGCCAGCGAGCUGAGCGACGCCUCUGUGGAGGAUGGGGUGGGGGCGCGGCCGUGAAGGGCAGAGCCCCCCCAGCCAGCUGUGGGGCCAUACCUGGUGCGGGAGGCAGGUGCGCAUGCCCACCUGUGCGCGGGCGACACCUGUGGCCCUCGGCGGGCCCCGUGUAUAUGUACACUAACGUGACACGAGGUUUUUAUUUAACAGAUGUGUCCCAGUAAAUAUGAUUUUUGUAGCUCUUUGUAAAUUAUUUAAAGUACUGUAAAAAGUAUUUUUGGAAAAUGCUGUCAUUGAGUUUUGUAGGGCCUGCGGGUUUCUGUGGUCUGCGUGUGCGUCUUAGGGUCGCCGGCGUUUGGUUCUCGCCCUCCCCGCCGCUGUCUGUCGCAUCUGCGGGCCCAGCCUGAGGCUCCCCGCGGUGGGCGGUGGCCCCUGCACGUGGAAUUCCGGGCAGGGGCACGGCUGGUCCCAGGCCUGCCUCCCUGUGUGCCCGCUGGGGCCCCCACAUUGACCUCACUCGGUUACGGCUCCGAAGGGCGGCGGUGUGUCCCCGCUCGGCACUUCCUGUCCCGGGUCUGUAGCGUGCGUGGGCGCUGCUGGAGUUAACUCCAGGGCUCCGGUCCCCAGACACCAGGGGCCGAGGGCCUUCCCCACACCUACCCUCCAGGCCCCGGCACCCAGCCUGAGCGGCCCACGCAGCGCCAUCCAUGCCGUGGCCCCCGUGGCCCUGGCAGCGCUGCAGGUUUGUUGGAGGCGGUGGCCUUGGGUCCACCAGCGCCACUGUGUUCACUUCCUGUGCCUUCUGCCCUGAGGCGGCUCCAGCGGCCGUAACACCUGCGCUGUGACUGUCCAGCACGGGUGGCCACGCCCCCUGGGUUGAGCCCGGCCCCCAUGGUCGUCCCCUGCUCUCUGGCAUGGGCCUGCUGUCCUCACGGGGGCCUGUCCGUCUGUCCGUCCGUCCACCAAGUGCUUCUGGGCAGAGCGGUGCCAUGAGACCCGCGCUGUAAGUUCCGUUCCAUUUUCUGCAGGGCGCCGUGAACCCUAGGAGAGCCGACCAGCUGGUUUUGUAAGAGAACGGCUUUUUCAUACAAAUAAACCGAGCUCC